CAUGGAAGAACUGAUAUAGAAGUCUCCGCCUCUGGAAUUUCACAUCUUGGGAGGUGUUCACCCCUACCCGCAAGCCUGCCCCCACUACAUCCCAGUAUGACAGACCGGGGGGAGCAUUACUGGAGGGAUUCCACUGGAAGAGAGAGGCCGAGGGAACAGGAACGAGGGCAGCGCUGAGGUCCUGCUCUACGGAAACACUUCACUGCUUCUCCUCUGCUGGGAGUCCAACUCCAUGUGAUCCAGUUUUUUUUGUUUGUUUGUUUUCUGUUGCAGCACUUCAGACCAGAACAUUCUUCACUUUUCCCUCAGUCCACAGCAAGUCAUCCAGCCUAAUUGGGACCAGUCCCAGAUGUUCCUUUGCACCUGCAUCUAUUUGGGUGCUGGAGAUUACAACCUUUGCUCUAAUUCUGCGCCAGUUCUCCACAUCUCACCCUCACAGUUCCUCACACAGCUCUCCUCUAAGGAUUCUCAUCUCUUGGAAACCUGAACCGUUCAGAUUUUGCUGUUGAGUCAUUUCGCGUCUGGCCAGCUCUGGUUGUUUUAUUUUCCACGGCAGUUGCAGGAAACAUCAGGAUUUUGGAACUAGAGUUCUCCCUCCAGCUCUUCCAGGACCAGCCUGGGACCCCCCUGGACGGGUAGAAAAACACAGCCGGAUUUAAGAUGAGAGGCACUGGGAUGGUGCUCUGUUGCGCCGCCCUACUGGUCAUGGGCUAUGUGUUGGCAUUCGCUGAAUCAGCUGACACUGUGGCCUCGGUGGCCCAGGUGCGACAAGGCGGGAGACAUGCUGAUCGGCGGAAGGAGGAGAGACAGGCUGAGAUCAGAGAAGAUGUCCUGAUGGAUGAUCCAAUCGCAAAAGGAGAUGCUGAGAAAACCAAACCAAAAGUCAAGAAAUCGCCAGAGGAAGUACUAGCAGCUAAGGCCAAGAAAGAAGAAGAAAGGGAGGCAAAAGCUAAGAAGCUGAAAGCCCCCAAGCCCACCAAGAAGCCAAAGCCCCCCAGGCCCACCAAGAAGCCAAAGCCCCCCAAGCCCACCAAGAAGCCAAAGCCCCCCAAGCCCACCAAGAAGCCGAAACCCACCAAGAAACCGACAGCCAGCAAGGAGCCCAAAGAGACAGAGGAACGACUGACCAAGAAGACAGACCUAGAGGAGAAGGAAGAGGAGCAGAAGAGCCAUCCAACUAGCAAGGCAAUCGGCACCACAGACCAUAAGGGCUCACAAGAGGAGGGAACUAUAUGGUCUAAACACGGGGCACCUACAGCACCAAGCACUGUGACCAAGAGCUUAAAUAAAUUCGAGGAUCGAGACUGGGAUCCCAAACAUGGCGAGAUAGAGAUCUUCCCCGAUGCCAAGGAGGUCCUUCCGACAGAGGAGUGGCACCCAUUUAUCCCAGAGGAGACCUCCCCUCCACCCUUCGAGAUUGAAUGGUACGAAGAGUACGACUAUGAGCUGAAUGCAGGACAGAAGAAGCUUGAGGAGGAACGAGAGAAGGCGCGAAAAGAGAAAGAGGAGAAAGAAAAACAGAGGAAGAAAUGGGAGGAGGAAGAGGAAGCCUAUGUGAAGCCACCACCCGUUUACGCCGGACCAAAGAUCUGCCCGCCUUUGGGGCUGGAGUCUCACCGCGUGGACAGUGACCAGCUGCUGGCCUCCUCCAUGUCUGACCAUGGCUUUGGCCCUCAUCGGGGACGCCUAAACAUGCAGGGUCUGGAUGACAAAGACAACAUGUACGGCGGGGCCUGGUGCGCCGACCCAGAGGAACGGGACCACUGGCUGGAGGUGGACGCCCGCCGAGAGGUCCAGUUCAGCGGGAUCAUCCUCCAGGGCAGGGAUUCUCCAAUCCAUGAAGACUUCGUCACCUCUUACCAUGUGGCCUUCAGCAAUGAUAGCCGAGACUGGACUGUGCUUCAUGAUGGAUAUGCAGAAUGGCUGUUCUUCGGGAAUGUCGACAAGGACACACCGGUGCAAGCGCAAUUCGCAGAGCCUGUGGUGGCGCGCUACAUCCGCAUCCUGCCGCAGAGCUGGAAUGGGAGCCUCUGCAUGCGACUGGAGGUGCUGGCCUGCCCGCUGCCCAACACCUACUACUUCAGUGAGAAUGAGGUCACACCCGUAGAUUACUUGGAAUUCAAGCACCACAACUACAAGGAGAUGAGACAGUUAAUGAAAGUGGUGAAUGAGGAGUGCCCCAACAUCACCAGGAUCUACAACAUCGGAAAGAGCUCCCAGGGGCUGAAGAUGUAUGCAAUGGAGAUCUCCGACAACCCCGGGGAACACGAGACAGGUGAACCCGAGUUCCGGUACACGGCCGGUCUCCAUGGGAACGAGGUGCUGGGCCGGGAGCUGCUGCUGCUACUUAUGCAGUUCCUGUGCAGGGAGUACAACGACGACAACCCUCGAGUGCGCCGCCUGGUGGACGGAGUGCGCAUCCACCUAGUGCCCUCGCUCAACCCUGACGCCUAUGAGCUGGCCUAUGAGAUGGGCUCUGAGAUGGGCAACUGGGCUUUGGGACACUGGACAGAAGAGGGCUACGACAUCUUUGUGAACUUCCCGGACCUCAACAGCAUCCUGUGGGGGGCAGAAGACAGGGGCUGGGUCCCCCGUUAUGUCCCUAACCACCACAUCCCCAUCCCAGAAAACUACCAGUCAGACAAUGGCUCGGUUGCCGUGGAAACGCGAGCCAUCAUCGCCUGGAUGGAGAAGCACCCAUUUGUGCUGGGGGCCAACAUUCAAGGAGGAGAGAAGCUUAUAACCUACCCGUUCGACAUGCAGCGCCCUCCCAAGAUGACAACGAGGAGCCUUGACGGGAGGGGCAGGGGGGGUCAGGAGGCAGAGGAGGAGAUGAAUGAGGACGCCUGGGCCCGGGCACACUGGCAGCGAGAGGAGGGGCUGAGGGAGACCCCAGACGACGCUAUGUUCAGGUGGUUGGCCACGUCCUACUCUUCUAGCCACCUCACCAUGACGGAGACCUACCGCGGCUCCUGUCACACUGAUGAUCUCACUACUGGCCAGGGCAUCAUCAACCGUGCCAGCUGGAAGCCUGUCGUGGGCAGCAUGAAUGACUUCAGUUACCUGCACACCAACUGCCUUGAGCUGUCCGUCUUCGUGGGCUGUGACAAAUUCCCCCAUGAGGGCGAGCUGGCCCACGAGUGGGAGAACAACCGCGAGUCCCUGCUGGUCUUCAUCGAACAAGUGCACCGUGGCAUCAAGGGUCUGGUAAGGGACAUGGACGGAAACCCCAUCGGCAACGCUACCAUAUCCGUGGAGGGGAUCAAACAUGACGUCAAAGCAGCGGCAACGGGAGACUACUGGAGGCUGCUGAAUCCCGGCGAGUACCGGGUGACCGCCAGGGCGGAGGGGUACACUCCCCAGUCGCGCCUCUGCCUGGUGGGCUACGACCAGGGCGCCACCACAUGCACCUUCACGUUGAGAAAAUCCAACUGGGAUCGCAUCCGGGAGAUCAUGGCAAUCAACCGGAACCGGCCCGUUCGCGUGCUUCAGGGAGCAGGCAAGCCGGCGGCUCCGUCGGGAGGCGGCGUUGGCGUUGGGGGCGGUGUGGGGAACCCCCAGCUGCGCCGGUUGAGGCUGCUCCAGCUGCAGAAGCUGCGGCAGCAGAGGUUAAGGGCAAACAUGUCCACCACUCUCCCCCCCAGCACCACCCAGCCCCCAACAACCACCCUGCCCCCUACCACCACCCUGCCUCCCACCACCACCUACGAACUCCUGACCGACACCACCUACCCGUCCGUCACCGCCCUUAGUGAGCAGCUCCAGGACACAUGGCCGACACAGGACUACAACUUUGAGUACAUCAUAGACGAUUACUGAGAUUGGCUACAGUCACAGCGGGGUUAGCUGGGACCCCCUAUGAAUUAAAAAUGCCUCAAAACACCAAAAAAAAAAAAAAACAUACAAUCCAAUGACACAAUAUCCUAAAUACUUAAAAAAUAAACAUUCAGCCCCUCAGACCCACACCUGAACAGUCAAUAACCCUACACUCCUAUAUACCACAUAUAUAUAAUAUGUGUGUUUAUGUAUGUGAAAUAAACUUAGCUGAAUGUCCCACUGGGAAUACAGAAAUAUCCAUAAUGCUUCUCCCUUGGCCGUUUUCAUACCCACACAUGUAGUGGAGCAUCUUCGAAAGCCCCCCCAGCGACAGGAAACACAGUCUGCUGAGCAGAGAUGUGCCUGCCUGUGUCAGUGCAGCUUCAGAGGAUAGAUAAUAGCUCAUCCUCUCCAGGAUGUAAAUACAAAAAGGUGUUUUUUCAGGCCCAAACCAUGAAUGUACCUAAAAACAAAAAAAUAUGUACAAACCAGUAAAACUGAUUACAGGAGACUAACCUGAAUGGAAAUGUUGUAUUCAACCAAUACUAGAGCUUGUCACAAAUCCAAAACAGAAGUUUCUUCUUUGCUUCACAAUAAGCCUAACCCUAAGCCUAACCCUUCUUAUCUGAUACUUUUCCAAAGCCAGACAGAGUGGUAGUAAAAAAUAACAGUGGUUAAGGGUGGCAUCUCACUUAUGUCAUUUUUACACCAAAGCGGUGUGGAGAAAUGAGAUGACUCCAAUGAUGAGCAUGCCUUACUUUUUAUUGGUGGUUUUCUGAAAUGCUCAUUAAAGUACUGAGAGAAAUUUAACAUUU